GUAAACAGAGGUAUCUAUCUAUCUAGGUAUAUAGUUUACACUCCCCGACGUUAAAUUCCCUCUAUAUCUUUAUCGAAUUGAGGCCAAGUCCACAAUCAAACUUUCGUUGAAGGAUGUCGAAGCUAAAAUUAUAUUACGAUUUAAUGUCUCAGCCAUCCAGAGCAGUGUAUAUUUUUCUGAAAGCGAACAGUAUUCCAUUUGAAGCUAUACAAAUCGCCAUUAGAAAUGGCGAGCAUUACAAGGAAACAUAUACAAGACUCACUCCUUUUCAGCAGGUGCCCAUCAUCGAUGAUAAUGGAUUUGUCCUGACAGAGAGUGUAGCUAUUCUGCAAUAUAUCUGCAUGAAAUACAAACUGGCGGAACAUUGGUAUCCAGUCGGAAAUCCCAAAACACAUACACGAGUGCAGGAGUACCUGAACUGGCAACACGCACAUACUCGAUACCACGGGACUAUGCUGUUUAGAACGCUGCUUCGACUACCACAAGAAAGAAAACAGCCAGUGAACAAGAAGGAGGCUGAAGAGUCCAGGAGAAACAACAUGGCGGUAGUGCAACACCUGGACAAAUACUUCUUAAAAGACAAAGAAUUUCUCUGUGGAGAUGACAUAUCGAUCGCAGACAUUCUAGCCGUAUGUGAACUCAUGCAGUUGCAUGUAAUUGACGAAGAUGGCAUCAUACAACAGAAUGAAAAGGUCAAGGCGUGGUUCACGCGUGUUAAGAGCCGACUGGGUCCUGCUUUUGACGACGGUCAUAGAAUAGUAUACAAAGUUCAUGACCUGUAUAAGAGUACGUGGAAAUCGGAAAUAGCGAAACUUUAAACUCUCCUUGAACAUGUGAAAGAUCAAGAACUGGAAAUAAUCAAAGUACUGAAAGAACUCAGGGAGUUGAAGUACUUUAAUAAUUUCUUCCUUUAAUACAUUGAAAUUAACCUCAAUUUCAAAGCAUUAUUUGAAAUUAUCAUGAGCCCAUUGCUUAAAGAUAUAUGCAUUUUAUAGACAAACUAAUAUCGAUGAUUUUUUUUUUUUAAAUUGUAUUGAUUAUUCA